UUUAGAUACACGUUUACAGAAGAUUGUUUAUUUAAACGGCAUUGGUUUUGUGGUGGAUUGCCUGAUGUUGCUAUGGUGAUGGGGCUUAACAGCGAAGCUAAAGGAAGACAAUCAACCGCCUGUUAAACGAGUCAACAAAUGGAGGAACGCUUUGCCUUUCUGGCUGAGUGGUACGACCCCAGCGCUGCUCUCCUGCGACGAUACCAGCUGCUCUACUACCCUAAAGAUGGCUCAGUGGAGAUGUUUGAUGUGAAGAACCAGCGCACCUUUCUACGGCGAACUAAGUAUGAGGAACUCCAUCCAGAGGAUCUGUUUGUUGGCAACCGAGUGAACGUCUUCUCUCGUCAGCUGAACCUCAUUGGUUAUGGGGACCAAUACACUGCCAACAAAAUGGGCAGUAAGAAGGAGAGGACAUUGGGUAUGAUUAAGCCAGAUGCAGUUACCAAAGUUGGCGACAUAAUUCAGAUGAUAUAUGAUGCCAACCUUAUUGUCACCAAAGUAAAAAUGACCAAACUUACAUGGAAGCAGGCAGCAGACUUUUACAUGGAACAUCAGUCAAAGUCUUUUUUCAAUAAUCUGGUCCAGUUUGUGAGCUCUGGUCCGGUAAUCGCUAUGGAGCUGAUGGGAGAUGAGGCCGUGUCGGUCUGGAGAAAAGUCCUUGGCCCGACUGAUUCUGGUGUUGCUCGAAAAGAUGCAGCUUACAGUCUCAGGGCCCAGUUUGGUACAGAUGGCACAAAGAAUGCAGGACAUGGGUCCGACUCAUUGGCAUCUGCAGCACGGGAGCUGGAGUUUUUUUUUCCAUCCACUGCUGGUCAUGGCCCCUCCAACACAGCCAGGUAUUCAGACUGCACGUGCUGUAUCAUCAAACCCCAUGCCAUCUCAGAGGCACUGACGGGAAAGAUUCUUAAAUCAAUCACAGAAAAUGGAUUUGAGAUCACUGCUUUACAAAUGUUCAAUGUGGAUCGAGCCAAUGCUGAGGAGUUUUUAGAAGUUUAUAAAGGGGUUGUAGCAGAGUACACCAAUAUGGUGGAUGAACUUUGUUCUGGACCUUGUAUGGCCCUGGAGAUCCAUGCUGCCGACGCACCCAAAGCCUUCCGUGAGUUUUGCGGACCGGCAGACCCUGAAAUCGCACGCCAUCUUCGGCCCAACACUUUACGAGCUCUCUACGGCAGAAACAAAGUGCAGAACAGCCUUCACUGCACAGACCUACCCGAGGAUGGGAUUCUGGAGGUGAGCGCAUGCAAAUCGCAUUCAAACUGCAAAAGCUACACAGUCACGUUUUUGUUUGCAGUUCAGAGGCAGAACUUGCUUUGAUGCGCGUUGGGAAAUAUUUCUGGAUCCCACAAGAACAAAAUGGCAUCCAGGUCUCAUGACUGUCCACUGUAGGCUGGUGUCACGUCUCACAGGAAGGGAAGCAGACAUAGGUCGGUUUGGUGGAGGAAAAAAAGACAUUGUUAUGCCAGGGAGUGGGUUUGGCCCGGUGGACGUCAUUGUUUUGCACAACUCCUGAUCUGUUCAGCCUCCUAGCACAAAUGGCCCCUUGUUAAUCAUUUGCCUGCUGACCGACUCAGCCGUGACAUUCCAAGAGCUCAGGCCUCAGAGGCCCGGCACAAACUCUUCUGCGCCGAGCUGACACACACUGCUGUAACAGGCACGAUUCAGGGAAAGUCAAUUGUUUGAAACUUAAACAAGCUGGUGACUUGUUGCCGAGGCCUGAUAAAGUGCUAAAUGAAUGAAGUUCUGAAUGCACAUCCGAGCUUAUUUUUAGUGUACUUAGAAAGGCCGCAUUUAUGAAAUGUGUAUAAACAGUUUUGUUGUAAGAAUGUUGUAAUGAAAGAUUGUGAUUUC